UACCGGCGCAAUCCCGAAAGGGUGAAACGUUCUGAUCGGCCAACCUAUUACCCUGUGGUAAACCCGGAAGUAACUGUUUUCUGGCUUCGUAACCCCCAGAGCAGCCUAGGAAGUCUGAAACCCUACUUUACAGUUGCCCUAAGGGAGAUUCUCAGCCACUGAGGUCCCGGUUCUGCCGGUAUAUGUCUGUGUUGUGUGCGAGGAAGGGUGUGUGUGUGUUUUAGGGGAUGUACUGUAACUACCAGGACAGAGAGGAGUUGGAGGAUGACCUCUAUGGGGAGGAGGGGGACUCAGAUGGGUCAGAGGUCAACAGUGAGGUGGAGUUCCACCUCUAUAGCCAGCUCCACUACGCUUCUGAGACCGGAGCGGUGAACGGGGAAGACCUUCAGGAUGAGAAGGAGGAGAGGAAAAGAAGUGUCAGUGCAGACCCUGAACAAAGCAAGGAUGGACUGCAGGAAUGCCAGGCACUGAAACAAGCCUUGUUAAAGUUAGAUAACCUUAAGAAAGGGAAGACGAAUGCAAAGUCUUUACGGUCUUCUGCAAAAUUGGAGGAAGUAAUUGUCAUCGACUCUGGUACAGAUAUUAUACACUCUGAAGAUGAUAAUGAAGGAGUCUGUACCCUCAAGGGUCAGAGUUCGAAGAGAGUUCCGCUGUCUUCAACCCCAGCCCAACAGACGAGAGCAAAGAGGCCGCGGAGCCCCAGUCUGGACUCUGUUGUGCUUGUGAACUCAGAAUCUGAAGAGUCUGAAUCAGAGUCUGACGACAACUCUGACAUCCUGGAGGCCUGGAUGAUCCUGGGUCAAGGGAAGGACGUUGAAGAUCACAGCAUCUCGCUCAACCUGGAGGGACAAUCAAGCAACAGCACAGACGGUGAUGAAGCUGAAAAUGGCAACUGGUUGGUGUCCAGUAAAGACAUGGCGACCCGGAUCUAUAACCAGGACAAGAGCAGGUUUGUCAGGCCCCUGGCCAGACGGAGCUCGAACCGAUACUAUAGUGACAAAAGCGUCACCUGUAGGAACUGCAACAAGCCCGGGCAUCUCUCCAUGACCUGCCCCUCGCCCUCGAAGGUGCUGAGCUGCUUGCUGUGUGGCACCCCGGGCCACCUGAUAAACUGCUGUCCCAACAGACACUGCAACAACUGCGGCAUGCCCGGCCACAUGUACGAGGCGUGCAGCGACAAGGCCUACUGGCACAAGAAGUGCCAUCGCUGUGGCAUGACCGGACACUUCAUUGACGUGUGCCCAGAGAUCUGGAGACAGUACCACCUCACGACGAAGGAAGGUCCCCCGCAGCCCUCUGGGACAAAGGACCAGGGCAGGACGCCCGCCUACUGCUACAACUGCUCCAGAAAGGGGCACUUUGGCCACGCAUGUACACAGCGUCGGAUGUAUAAUGGGACCUACCCCAGCACGCCCUUCAUCAACCGCUACGACACUCCCGCCGAGUUCCACCAGAGGGAGCACAGGAUGAAGAAGAAGGCCAAAGAACUCGAGGAGGCCGGCCUGCUUGGCCCCACUUCUAACCCACCCGCCACCCCAGGACCCCCGAAGAAGAGGCAGAGGACCGCCUACAACCACGACUACAAGAGGAACCACCACCACCACAAGCAGCAGGAGAACGCCAACAGCUACCCCUCCUCCACCAGGGUCCCAAAGCCCGGCUCCAGCUCCGCCCCCACCCACACCCGCUUCGGCGAGGCCGGCCCGGUCCAGGCAACGCCCCGCCGGCCGGCCGUCAUCUUCAAGACCAAGAUGUCCACCAAGCUGAAGCCGACGCCAGACAGCGGUGCCGACAAACAGUGGAAGCCCAAGCAGGGCGUCCCCGCCAACAAGGCUGCGGCCUCCGCGUUGAACGAGGAGGAGUGCUUCCCCCGGGGCAAGGAAGGGAGGGCGCCGAAGAAGAGCAAGAACAAGAAGAACCCCAACAGGCUGAACUGGGGGGGUUCGGCGGAGCCGCGCACGUCACCCUUCAAGCGCCAGUCCUACACCCCGGAGCAGCUCUACGGUGGCGGGGGGGCGGCGAAGGAGAAGGGGAAGGGGAAGAGGGCCGCCUGGAAGAAGAAGAGGUCGUCUAAAGGCGGCGGCGCAGACAUGUACCCCACCGAUGAGAACCUCUUCACCAUUAAACAGAGGAAAGGGAAACGCAAGCAGUAGAGCAACGCGGUGACCGCUACAGAGCUGCGCGUUGGUCUUGUCAGCCUGACUUCUAUGGGUUUAUAGAAUCACACCGCCAUCUCAGGACUGGAUUGGUGUCACAGGUGUGACACUGACAGCGUUUCAGAAACUGAACCGCUUCCCAACAGCACCGCCCUGUGGCUGGUUGAAAUACUGCAGUAGGAAAAACCUUGCAGAUGAAUGGAAGGCAGGUUCAGAAUAAAUGCCUUUUAGUAAAUAGAUACAACGCCUUUAUUUACUUUCAGUUCAUACAUAAUGCUUUUCAUAAUGCAUAUAAUGUGAAAACAAGUGAAGGCGAGUUUACCACAAUUGAUUUUAAUAAGUGGCUGUGAAAGGAAACAAAUAGUUAAUAUUUUACCUGCAUUUUGCCAGUUGCAGUGUCUCCUCAACCUCUGUUCAAAUAAAAAAGAUCAAGCCUA